CCGUGUUGUCCCGACUAACAGGAAGUUGAUGACGGUAUUGUUUGAGUAAAGUUCUGUCUUAGCGUAUGGGAGGGCUGUUUGCUCUCCUUCCCUGCUCUGACGCUCAAACUACGGCGUUAUGGUGUUAAUAUUUGUUCGCAGCACAUGUGUGGAUUCAAAGACAGUCCUCCUGAGUAGAUACUGAGGUUGAAAUUGUGUGUUUUUGAGAGCUAGCAUGAGUGCUAACUCGACACGAGCUGCGUUUGUUUACAAUGAAUCAGCUGAUUAGGGUUAGAGGUCCUCAGAAGCCUGCGUGAUAUUUCAGCACGAGCUGCUCGUCUUUUAAGAGAUUUGAGACAGAUCUGUAGCUGAAUGUGAGGAGGAGGAAGAAGAGGAGGAGAUCUGAGCAGGAGAAGAUGCCGUGCACUUGUGGGAACUGGAGGAGGUGGAUCAGACCUCUGGUGGUGCUCCUCUACAUCCUGCUCUUGCUGGUGGUUCUUCCUCUGUGCAUAUGGGAGCUGCAGAAAUCAGAGGUUGGAACUCACAACAAAGCCUGGUUCAUUGCAGGCAUUUUUGUCUUCAUGACAAUCCCCAUAUCACUUUGGGGGAUACUUCAACAUCUAGUACACUACACCCAGCCCGAGCUGCAGAAACCCAUAAUCAGGAUAUUGUGGAUGGUUCCAAUUUAUAGCUUGGAUAGCUGGAUUGCACUGAAGUACCCGGGCAUCGCUAUCUACGUGGACACGUGCAGAGAGUGCUACGAAGCCUACGUCAUUUACAACUUUAUGAUCUUCCUGAUGAACUACCUGGAGAAGCAGUAUCCCAACCUGGUGCAGAUUCUGGAGAUGCAGGAACAGCAGGAACACCUGCCGCCGCUCUGCUGCUGCCCGCCCUGGCCCAUGGGAGAGGUGAUGUUGCUGAGAUGUAAGCUGGGUGUUCUGCAGUACACUGUAGUGAGACCCGUCACCACAGUCGUCGCAUUGAUCUGUCAGCUUUGCGGGGUUUACGAUGAAGGCAACUUCAGCUCCAAAAAUGCCUGGACCUAUUUAGUGAUCAUGAACAAUCUCUCCCAGCUCUUUGCCAUGUACUGCCUGGUGCUGUUCUACAGAACGUUACGAGAGGAACUCGGCCCUAUCAGACCUGUGGGCAAAUUCCUGUGUGUCAAACUCGUCGUGUUCGUGUCCUUCUGGCAGGCGGUGCUCAUUGCGUUGCUUGUGAAGGUUGGAGUGAUUUCAGACUCUCACACCUGGGACUGGGACAGCGUGGAGGCCGUGGCCACUGGACUGCAGGAUUUUAUCAUCUGUGUGGAGAUGUUUUUGGCAGCCAUUGCUCAUCACUUCAGCUUCACCUACAAGCCGUACAUUCAGGAAGCAGAGGAAGGCUCUUGCUUCGACUCCUUUCUGGCCAUGUGGGACAUGUCAGAUAUUCGGGCCGACUUCUCCGAGCAAGUGCGCAAUGUCGGCCGAACGGUUAUGGGCCGCCCCAGGAAGAGUUACUUUUCCCGUGAUGCGGAGCACGACGAACACAGAGGCCUUCUGUCCUCCGGCUCUCAGGACGCCGCCGUCGCCGAGGCUUCCUCCACUCCUCCAUCUCCAUCAGGCCACUACCAGGGUCUGGGACACACCCGACCCCCUCACUCUCGCUCGGCCCCCGCCGAACUCUGCUCCACACCCUGGGAGGGAGACGUAGACGACCUGGACGACAUCACUCCCACCGUGCUGUCCGGGGACCCUAAAAACCAGGCGCACACACACUAUGCUAAAAUCACCUAACACACGCAAACACUGUUCACGUUAUUCCCAAUAACUAAUUCACUGGGAACAGCAGGUUAAAAAGGCACACAGGGAUCUUAGUCCGGUUUUUAUUCAUUUUAAGAAAAUCUAAUCUAAUUUUAUUAUUUUUUUUCUAGUGACUAAACACAUCUUGUCAAAAAAACGUCCGUUCUUUUAAGAGAGCUAAAUUGUUUGUUUUUUUUGGAAAUUGUGAAACUAUUUAUUAACACUAUUUAUCUGUUCCUUCCUCUGCAGAAAUGCAUGUUUAAUAUUUUAAUAUUUUAAACCGUCACCCUGUGUCCUUGUGGCAUUAGUCAUAAGAUCACAGUUAAUCUGUUAACUGAAAGUCUUGACAUAGUCAAUGUUUGCUGGUUACACACACACACACACACACACUGUGCCAAAGUGCUCUGGUGGUUGUUUUUUUUCAAGCCUGAGAAAAAGCUGAACAAUGUGCAAAUCACAUUUAUGAAGAAAUGCACAAUAUACUCAAAAUGCAUGAAGCUUUUUUUCCCACUCAGCCACUGAGCAAACGUGUCGCAUCAUUUCCUGUUACGCUCCUUUAAAAAAAAAAAAAAAAAAAACUAAUUCCUUAGACGGAUAUUAUAUCUAUAUUCUUUCCAUUUUUAUGGUUGAUUUAUUUAAUUUUUUUUAUCUUUUAUUUUAACGAAUCAAUUUACACCUGAAAUAUUCAUACAGCUAUAAACUAAGAAAAGGUAUUUAAAAUGUUCUUUUUACCCCAAAUUUAUCUGAUUAGCCAAGACUCAUCUUUGCUAAUAGCCUGAUGUAGCUAACUACUAAGCAGAGCUGCCAAUAUUUACAGUGUAGCUGUAGCAUUUACAAAUUUUGUCCCUGUACUAAAGCAAUAUGGGAGACACUUUUGAACAGCAGUUCACUGAAGGGGAAAGGACGUAUGGAUGUGAAAGUUGCACAUUAGCUUCUGCUAGUGAUUCAUUUCACGCCACACUGUCUUUCAGCCAAUAGAAAACAAGAAGGCGGGACUGUAGACAUUCUGGUUCAAUACAAAAUGGAGGAGAUGGUUAUUUUCAGAUGUGGGACAAACAAGUUGUCAUACCCUAGGGGUUUCUGUGGUAAAAUCCAGGGUGUUUUUUGUUUUUUUUUGUCUGCUUCCUCGAAUUUUCUUGUUUGUAAUGAAGACGCCUGUGAGUGAAGAAAGAAUUCGGCCUCCAGAUUAACACUCGAAUCAAACCAAGUCGAAUCACUUAGUAGUCGGGUAUGAAAGUGAGUGCCAGGCUCAGGUAGGUACAGCUUAAAGGCGGAGUUAAGGGUCAUGUGAUUUGGAUGUGAGUAAACCUUACACGUUUAAGUAAAUACAGAACUGUUCUGCUACUCAGUGAAACAGUUCUCGUACAAAUGUUAUCACCGAAUCAACGAUGGGUUGAGGCGAGAUUGAUUAUAUGGAGGCUGUAGACUUCCUUUACUUGUUAGCUGUGUAGCACUGGUACAAAUUAAAUAUGCAAAUUCUGGACAGGAAACAUGUCUUGGCUGAUGGAUGACUUUCGGGGUAAAAAUGGAGGAGUUACAUGAGCACAUGAGCUUUAAUACCGAAAAAAGUUGAGAUGAAAUGAAGUGGACUGGAUUUUUUUUUGUUUUGUUUAACAAAACAAAAAUAAUGAGAUUAUGUAAAAUUAUAUAAAUACAUAUAUGCGCAUUAAAAAGAACUGAAUUUACAUCCAAACUAUAUCCGUGUGAGACCUUGGGGGGGGGGAUGAAGAUGUUAAAUCACAAUCUGACAGAUGUUCUCAGACCUGCCUG